CCCAUCUAUAAACAAAUAUGAAAUGAAAUUAGAAUAUUUCAAAUCCAUUUAAAAAAACAUCAACAAAGGUGAUUUUUUUUUCUCGUACUCUCAGAGCCUCUUUGUCCGUUUUUUGCCGAAAAGCUGGAGAGAGUAUCGACGAAACUUUAGAGCAAAAGAUUUAAAACAAAAUAAAAACUCUAGUAAUUCUUUCUGAUGUGGAAGAUCGGACUUAGCCGCAACCACAGAGCAUACUUAGAACAAGACUAGAGGGAACUAAUGGAGGGAGAAAGAAGUAUGAAAGUGGUGGUGUGAGUUGGAAUGGGGGGAUGGGGUGGUAUUUAUAGGGAGGACCACAGAGCAUUUACCGCUCUGGUUCACGACGAUGAACGAUUCCCCGCGGUUCUCGAGGGCGUUGAAAAGCGCGGAUCGCUGAAGUGGCUUGAUUUGAGGCGUCGGAUCUGGGAGAAAAACCAGAAUCCGCGCCUCACCACAUCUGACGGUGACAGUGAAGCGUGCAAGUGGCGCGGAUCAAUGACGUGGACAGGGCGGGCUAUCACCACUUUUGUUCAAAACGGUGAAGUGCCCGCGCGUGUCCACGUCAGCGAUCCGCGCCACUUCACCGUUUUGCAUAACAGCGGGGAAUUAUUCACCGUUUUUGACUAAAACGGUGAAGAGUUCACCGUUUUGAACAAAAGCGGUGAUGGUUUCCCCGCUUUUAUAAAAAACAGUGAACCCUUCACCGUUUUUGUUUGCGGCGGUGAACAUCAUCACUGUCCUGGUCUGCAGCGGUGAACCCCAAACUGCUGUAUUUUGGGAAAUAUUUUUCAUAAGUACUGUAUUUUGGGAAUUUUUUUUACGAACUAGUGCAUUCUUGGAUUUUUUUCCCUCCUAACCCCUUGGUUUUCAUGUUAUUAGCUCAUCUCAUGUUUGUUGUUGGGCAUUAUUUGACACCAUUAACGGUUUUACUACCCAACUGAAUAAGAGGUAGUGGUGCUUUGCACCCAUUUUCAUAAAAGAAAAAAUUUGCAGCCUAAACUCAAACCUUGCCAUCAACAAUUAUCCAACCUUUUUUAUUCCUUGCCAUUAGCAUUUAUUAUAAUCAUUAGGAAAUGGCUCCUGAUAAGAGUACUUAUCCCCGCUUUAAGUAAAUAUUAUCCCCACUACUAAAUCCUAAAAAGGCCCUAAAUGGGCAAAACUAAGAACCUAGCUUUCCUUUUUACAAAGCUAAAGGGGGAAAACAGAAGAAAUAGACUUGAGUAAAAAAAAAAAAAAAAAAUUACAACUAUCAUACUAGGGAGUGAAAAAAAUAUCCAAAAGGACCCAAAACUCUUAUCAUAUUUCCAAUUUGAUCCAUUCGGAGCCGUCGACGAAGCUGAGCGAAAGAAAGGGCUUAGCUUCUUCGUCGGUGAGCUCUCGGGACCACGCCACCCUGCCGGCGAAACUAGCUCCGGGCCCUCUACACUUGUAUUGGCCAUAGAAAACAGUCCUGCAAAACACCACCGCCAAAGGAGAAAAAAGUAGAGAGAAAAAAACAGAGUCAGCAGAAUCAGAAUCUCACGCAUGCGUGCUAAUGCUAAUUACUUAGUGCUGUUGGUAGUUGGUACUGUAUAUUGCAAAUUCUGCAAGUUGCAACCCAGAGAAAGAAUUAAAUAGUUCCUAUCUGCAGUUAGGUUAGGUUAGGUAGGCAGAUGAUGGGCUAAGAAAAAAGAAGCUCUGUUCUGUUCUGUUCUGUUCUGUUUUGGAGGUCGUGGGGCGGUAGUGCUCUGCUGCACUUGCACGGGUAUGAAUAUGAUGGAUUGGAUCCCCAAAAGAGGCAUUCACAAUCACAACAGCAGGCAAAGUAUAUAGUACAGAAACACACACACACAUUCAUGGUCCUGGACCGGUAGAUGGCCACUUCUUUUUGAGAGAGCUAAGGGGAAAAGGGGCAACAUGAUUGAUUGAUCAGGAUAUGGGAAAAGGGUGUUGAAGUUGCAACACUUUCUCUCAACUGAACCUAAAUUUUGGAGGAGGGGGACUAAUUCUCAUAUUCUAUCACGGUCUAAUGUUUUAUGAAUGCAUAUAUUAUACUGUUGGAUAAAGAAUAAAUUGAGGGGACUGCAACCCCUCCUGUACUACACGCUCCACCACUCUCUAGUUAGGUAAGAACACUACCUGUAUUCCCACUAAGCUUUUGUAAGUGACGAAUAGAAAGAAAGGUAGGUUAUUCUUUGUAUGACUGGUUUAGGUGUACAAUACAUUAUCGUCGUAAUGCGUAAUAGUGCAUUUGUCGUCGUUAGUAUGUGUGAGGUUAUUGUAGAGGGUUGACAUCAUUUGAUUCAUACGAAAUAGGGAGUGCAUGGUGGAAUGAAUGAGAUAGGGAAAGAGAUACAACAAGUGCAUUUAAUAGCAAGCACAUCAUCACUAAGUUGCACUCCAGUCAUGAUAUUCCCUAUGUUUGGCCUGGCUUUUAAAAGUGCUUUUCGAGUUCAAAAGCUGAAACAGGGCCAAACACCUCUAAAAGCUCGGCUUUUGAAAAGCCAAAAAGUGCUUUUGUAUAACAUAAAAGCAAAAGCUCCGAUUUGGAGCUUCUGCGAAAAGCUGUUUUGAAAAUACAAGAUUAUCCUUACCAUAUAUUUUAAUUUUAUUUCAGAAAAUAUAAUUUUUCAUCAUUU